UACGAGGAACCCGUAUUCGGGGGCCACUGUGAAAACAAAUUCUCACACUCCUUAUGGUAUACGUGAGAUACACACGCACGCUGAACCAGCGGUUACCCUUGGCGAUCACGUGACGUAUUACAUCCGAUGUGAGACUUCCCUGUCAAUCGAAACCUUCUCUCGAGGGGUGGUCGUUGUGGUCAAGAUGAUGGAAAAGGAUGGCGAUGUCCAGAAACAAGGCUGGUAUUCCUACUUCAUUAUCGCCCUGUCGUUCAUGACGUUGUUCUUCAACUCAAGUCUCAGUUAUGCCUCUGGAGUGUUCCAUGUAGCGUUACUGGAGGCGUACCGCGCUGAUGUUGACGCUACGGUCUGGCUUGGUUCGUUAUUCUUCAGCAUGUCCUCUCUUGCAGGUCCAGUGGCAAGCUUCGUCAUCAACAUGACAGACUGUCGCACCUGUGUGGUCAUAUCUGGGAUACUAGGCCUUGUAGGUUUCUCUGCAAAUAUGUUCAUAAACGACAUCAAGUGGCUUUUUGUAACCUAUGCCCUACUUGCAGGACUCGCAACCAGCUUGUCUCACACGAGUGCUGUAGUUGUUCUCGGUUACCAUUUCAAACACAACAUGAGCCUGGUGUGCGGAAUAGCGGUGUGUGGGAUGGCCAUUGGGGUGUUUGUCCAUCCGCCCUUAUGCCAGUUCCUCAUAGAUACGUACGGACUGCGCCAAGCCUUCCUCAUCGUUGGAGCAAUAGCAUUCAAUUCGUGUGUUUUUGGGAUGCUUAUGAAGCCGACCAGAUUCGAAAGGGAACGCCGUGCCAAGAUAUUCAGUGGUCGACCAACAUGUCUUACAUUGUUGAUGGCGUUGUGUGGUGAUUGUUCUGGUUAUGCCAAGGUUUUCAGGAACAAAUCAUUUGUGUUCUUUCUUUUGUGUGGUUGUUCAUUCGGCAUGGGCACAUCGGCCAUGUAUUUGUACCUCCCAGACUUUUUAAGGAAACAAGGAAUAUCUCUUCAAGCAGCAUCUUUCAGUGUCUCUACUUCCGGCAUAGGUGGCGUACUGUCGCGUUUUCUCACAGGAUUUGCAGCACAAGAUCCAGGCGUAGGCAGUGGACUGAUAUUUGCGUCCCUGAACGGCCUUAUGGGGGUGUUAUCGUUCCUGAUCCCCCUAUUUACAUCUACCUCAGUGACAGUGUGUGUGUAUGGCUUCUUUGUUGGUAUCUACACUGGUAGCAGCUGGGCUCUGUUCAAUCCAAUUACAUUUGAAAUUCUUGGAGUGGAACUCAUGGCAACCGGCUUUGGAGCUCUGAUGGGUUCUUGUGGUAUCGGAUUUCUUAUUGGCCCGCCUUUAGCAGGAUAUGUCUUCAAAAUAUUCCAGGAAUAUUAUGGUGUCUACAUAUUUGCAGGUGUGAUGUUCCUCUCUUGCACCGUCUGUGGAUUCCUCUCUACAACCUUCAGAAAGUCACCGAAGACUCUCCAUGACACUGCGGACCCAAGUGAAGUUGAAGCCAUUGCCCUAGAAGAGCGCAAAUCAAAGGACGACAUCAUGCUGUGAUAGUUUGUUACCAUUGUUAUUGUUUUGUUAGAAGACAGUUAAAACAGACGGGCCUUAAUCACUUGGACCUUAAAUGACUGUGACCAACUCAUGCAUAAAUAUUAUUGGUCAAAAGUCUGCCCUUUGAGGCAAAUAGUGAACUAUCUUCUCUUGGCAUUGAUAAAUCUACCAAACCAUCCCAACCAGUGAUUGUUAUUGUGAUCAAGAAUCGGGACGUGGGGCUUCCUCAAGUUAAGCUUGCACUGCAUAACACUGAUGACACGACGUCUCCCAUCUAAGCUAUUUAUGCCAUCUGUAAUUCUUACAAAAAGAAAUCAAAGUUUACUAUUAGUUAGUAAGUAUAAUAUUUUAGUAAGACCUGGUGUCAAUGAACUGUUGCCAAUCUUAAUAACAUAUCGGUAUCUUUACAACCAUUAAGUAAUAUAGUACUUGUUGACGACCGUGCUGUAGAUUAAGUAUACUUUUACGAACACUCCUCUCCCGUCAGUGCUGACGUCUGUAUACGCUUGCAUUUAUAGUACGCUUCAUACAAUAAGACUACUUACCUACGUCUACCAUCCUUAUUGUUUAAAACUUGCAACUAAAGAUUACCAAUUGAGAGGGAUAAGACGUAUUACUGUCGGGUAUAUAGUAAAACCCGAUGUUAAUGAGUUGAAAUCUAUUUGAACAGAUGUGUAUUAGAAUGAAAUAUUAUAACAAACCACAAUACUUCGAAAU